CAUGUUGUUGUUUUUGCUUUUGGGUAUUUUGUAUUUUUCGCCACAACACCUUCUAUAAAUGCGCCUUGUUACAAACAAAACAACGAAAAAACUCCAUACUCAAUUUUGUAUAUUAUUUAGCAGAAAUUUCAUCACAAUUGUAAUAAAAUGAAUGACACUUACCAAGGAGAUUUCAAUGCAACACAAACCACUGGGGCUUCGACUGAAAAGAAACCUGAGGGUAUUGUUCCAGUACUAAUAAAACAGGUCCUAAAUUCUCCAGAAGGAAACUAUCAGAUGUUUGAUAUGACAUUUAUUAUGGUGUAUGCUAAGGUAAUUGUGCGCAAUAUUGAAACAUCGUCAACAAAGAUAACGUACUUGUUAGAAGAUAGUACCGGCCGCAUUGAUGCCCACUACUGGUUGGAGGAAGGUGACACUUUGAAAGCUCCCGAUGUUAUGGUAAACAAAUAUGCCACAGUAUUUGGAAGUGUAAGAUCGCAGGGGGGUCAAAAGACAUUAAUGGUUUUUAAAAUGCUGCCAGUUAAUGAUCCCAAUGAAUUAGUCACCCAUGUUUUAGAAGUUUUAAAUGCUCGGUACAAAGCUGAGGAAUAUGCAACCAAAGGAACAAGUUAUGGCGAUUUUGGUGGAACUGCUGCAGUAAAAUCUUCAACUGAUGGAACAGAUUUAGGCUUGGAGGGAAAACAUUUGGCCGUGUUUCAGGCCAUCAAAAGUCAUAAUUCCGCAGAUGGCAUUAGUCGUUCAGAAUUGAAGCGGAAAUUCACUCACAUGACAGAUAAUCUUGAUCUUAUACUAGAUUUCAUGACUGGCGAAGGUCAUAUUUAUUCGAGCAUAGAUGCGGAUCAUUUUCUUAGCACAGAAUAGUGCUACUAUAUUUAUAAAAUGUUUAAUGUUAAGAUACUGUAUUUCAUAUUCAAUAAAUCGUUGACAGGAAUUUAAAUUGAA